AAAGACGACGCAAAUUGGCUCUCCUCAUCACUGCCUCCAUCCUCGAACCGAGACCCCCUCCUCCCCAGGUUUAAGAGACUUUCCCCUGUAUGUAUUGUUAUGAAGGCUUCUGCGGCAAAAGAUACUCACCUCUAGCAGACAUGCCCGGGUCAUUGUAUGAAACCUCCAAUCUGGAUCGAGGCGGUAGCAACAGGAAGAAGAAGAUAGAGGAAUUCUCUAGGUCUUCUCGGGAGAAACUAGUCCAGUCGAAGAACAAAAUGUUCUCCAAAUUUACGUCUAUUCUCCAACAUGCUGUGGAAGCGCUUGCACCAUCGCUACCGUUGCAGGAAGACUUUGUCUACCACUGGAAGGCCAUUACGCAUUAUUACAUUGAGACGUCAGAUGACAAAGCUCCAGUCACAGACACCAACAUCCCUUCACACUUGGAACAGAUGCUGGACAUCUUGACCCAGGAGGAAGGGGAACGUGAAUCUGGAGAGACAGGACCUUGCAUGGAGUAUCUUCUGCACCAUAAGAUCCUGGAGACUCUCUACACCCUGGGCAAGGCAGAUUGUCCUCCAGGGAUGAAGCAGCAGGUGCUUAGUUUCUACACAAAACUGCUGGCACAUAUUCGUCAGCCUCUACUGCCCCACAUCAAUGUCCACAGACCUGUGCAGAAACUAGUUCGUUUGUGCGGUGACGUUUUGGCUGCUCCUACAGAAAAUGAAGAAAUUCAGUUUCUUUGUAUAGUCUGUGCUAAACUGAAGCAGGACCCAUACCUUGUCAACUUCUUCCUUGAGAAUAAGUCAAAGAGACCCGAGAGAGAAGAGGGGGUGAAGGAGAAUGUGUUGGCUCCAGACACCGGCCAGUCUUCAGUACAGGAACAGCCUGGGCGCCAAGAGGAGCAGCAGUGUGCAGCUACUGCCUCAACCUCUAGUCCAGCUAACAGAAACAACAAUAGCAGCAACUACAAUCUGGUCACUUCCCUGCUCAACCUCACAAAAAGCCCUGAUGGCAGGAUAGUGGUGAAGGCAUGUGAGGGUCUGAUGCUGCUGGUCAGUUUACCAGAACCUGCUGCUGCCAAGUGUUUGACCGAAAGUACAGAGCUGUGUGAGCUUCUCACCAACCGACUGGUCUCAUUUUAUAAAGCCCUGCCACAGUCCAUGGACCCCUUAGACAUUGAAACAGUGGAAUCAGUCAACUGGGGUCUGGAUGUAUAUAACCUUAAGGAGGACGCUGCUGUCUUCACAGGAAAGAGGGCUCUUAUCUCUUUUUUGUCCUGGCUAGAUUACUGUGACCAGCUCAUCAAGGAGGCUCAAAAGUCGGCAGCUGCAGUGAUGGCAAAAGCAGUGAGAGAAAGGUUCUUUGUCUCUGUGAUGGAGCCACAGCUCAUGCAGACGUCUGAAGUGGGGAUCCUGACCUCCACGGCGCUGCUGAACAGGAUCAUCAGGCAGGUGACAUCAGAGGCUCUGCUGCAGGAGAUGGUCUACUUCCUGCUAGGGGAAGAGAAAGAGCCAGAGACUCCAGCUUCAGUCACUCAGAAUCCACUCAGACACAGACUCAUCGAGCACUGCGACCACUUAUCAGACGAGAUCAGCAUUAUGACGUUACGGUUGUUUGAGCAGCUCAUCCAGAAGCCCCACCAGCAUAUUCUUCAUAGCUUGGUGCUGCGCGGCCUGGAGGAGAGAAACUACCUGGAGAACAAGCCACAGGAGGAGCGCGAGCUCCUCGAGAACGGCCAGCCACAUGACGCUGUAGACCUUGAAGAGGAUCCACUGUUUGGUGAUGACCUCUCUCCAGACAGCAGGCUGUCUGGUUCUGAGUGGCUGAGCGCCUCUCCACCUCUAAGUCCUGACAACUCAAAGUGUGAUGGAAAGACAGAAGUCCACAAGAUAGUCAACAGUUUCCUGUGUUUGGUGCCGGAUGAGGCAAAGUCAUCAUAUCAAGUUGAAGGCACAGGCUAUGACACCUACCUCAGAGAUGCACACAGACAGUUCAGGGAUUAUUGUGGUGUCUGCCAGCAAUGGGACUGGAGGGGAAAUCCAAAGCCUUUUGAGAAGUGUAACUUGGACAUCCCAUUCUUCGAGGGCCACUUCCUCAAGGUUCUCUUUGACAGGAUGGGUCGCAUCCUAGAUCAGCCGUACGACGUCAACCUGCAGGUGACUGCAGUGCUGUCCAAGCUGUCUUUGCUACCGCACCCCCACCUGCACGAGUAUUUACUGGACCCUUACAUCAGCCUGGCUCCCGGGUGCAGGUCUCUGUUCUCUGUCAUCGUCAGGGUGGUGGGAGAUCUCAUGUUGAGGAUUCAUCGCAUCCCAGACUUUACCCCUAAACUGCUGCUUGUGAGGAAGAGAUUACUGGGCCUGGAGCCAGAGGGCAUCAACAUCGACCACAUGACUCUGCUGGAGGGAGUGAUCGUGCUAGAGGAGUUCUGCAAAGAGCUGGCAGCCAUCGCCUUCGUCAAAUACCACGCAGCUGCCUCCUCCUCACCGUAAUCUUUCCUGCUGUUCCAUCCAUCUGCCUCGGCCAGGCGGGCAGGUCGGGACAAAACUGGGCCUUUGGGGGUGUAGUGGUACCGGUGACACAGGGUUGGCAAAAUAUGACCACUAGCUGCUCAUCCCUGCAAGACUGUUAAAGCCCACAUGGAUUUCUCUGUGCCUCUCUUCUGGCGUCACCAGACGGGCUCUUUGGUUGUGUUUUUGAGCAGGUCAGAGCACAGGCACUGCCCAGCCAGCAGAGCAAACAAGAGCUGGAGAAUAGAGGUCAGGUGCAGACGUUCACUGGACUCUUCAGCCUCUGCGCCUUCUCUCACCCUUCAUCUUUUCUUUCUUACCAUGCUAAAGAUGGUAGCCUUGUAAUUAUGUCAAAGAGAACUGUUUGUGUAUUUAUUUCCUGUCUUCCUAUCACCAUGUGUUCACAUCAUCGCCUUAGUGUGGAAUCACACCUUUCAGUUAAAGAAACUGUUUCCUUUUGAAACAUUUUUAUCCUAACCCCUCGUGUGUUAUCUGUUGGAGGCUGUAGAGAAGGCAACACCCACUACCUUCACUACGCUUGUAUGUAUCUAGUUACAUAAAUACUGAACUGUACUAUACAAAUAUUUUAAAUGCCAAGUCUUCUUAUUUAUUGGUUUGCUUUAACGUUGCCUUUUUAAUUACUGCCAUUCAGUGUCAUGGCUGAGUAGGCUGAUGCUCUGUACUCGCUCUCGCCAGUGUUCUUCAGUUUGUCUUAGUAUUUGUUCUGUCAGCUCUCAGCUGUAAUUCUACUCACCCAAAGAUGUCAUCAUUCAUCACAUUUGUUUUUUUAAUGAAAUGUUGAAUGUUGCACGUGAACCUCAUGGCAUUGCACUUGUUACAUUAUUCAACCUUAGUUUUUAAUUGGACGACUGUGAAAUGUCAGGUUGACAUUUGUGGAGUGUCUCUUCUGAAGCGUUGUUCCCCAGACCCAGUGUUGAGUCUCCCAGUUGCAUUUUGUAUGAUUCAGCUUCUACAUGUUACAUUAUUCUGUUGAUUGUAGUUGAGCAGUGUCGAGCCAUCAUAUAACUGACAGCAGUGGGUUUCAGUCAGUUUGUCUGUAAGUUCCAAUAGAGAGAGUCCAACCUGCACAAAGACUAGAAAAAAGCCUGAAUUGGAAAUCUGUGUGUGUGUGUGUGUCCGCAGCAAAAAUGUAUCACUGACCUUUUCUGAUCAUUUUAGGUUUUUAUCACUUUCAACAGUAUUACAGUUUUUUUGGAAUGGAAUCUUAAAUAUUUACUGUCUCUGGAGAGUGGUAGUAGUUUAGAAUCACAGAUCAGUGUUCAUUUAUACCAGGCUGUGGUUUAAUUAUGAAUGACUCUAAAUGAAGCCCUCCGUCCCUCUUUCUUCUGAUCCCACCUCGGACCCUCACUCAGCGCCUACUUGUAUGGGUUCAGAUUUGCACAUAGUGUUUCUCAUCUUUGUCGAUAAUGUAAAUAUACAUUUAAAAAAAAAGCUUCCUGUUUCCUUCUCGCUCCAAAUGUUUUCUGUCAUAAACCAAACGGACUUCAGGAGGAACAGUUCUAUUUUAAUGGGAAACAUUUUUUAAAUUGUCAUGCACAUUUUUUGAAAUCAACUCUUUCAAACCUUUUCUGUAAAGCUGUAUAUUGUGUUAUGUACAAUAGCAAUAGGGAUAUACUACCUGGUGUAAAUGCAUGCUUGUGUAUUAUUUUUCACGGCUGAGAGAAAAGGACAGUACAGUGAUGAUUCUCAGCCGUCAGUCGUUUAAAGACACUGACGGGAUUUGAUGCCUUACAUCACACUGUGGAUUUCUGAGGAUGGGUAUAAUCGAUGUGACAGGUUUCUGCUUCACUAGUUUGUCGUGAUCCUAUUAUGUUUCUCUUGUGUUCCAGACUUCUACAUGUUUGUGAAGAUAUACAGGACUCUCUGUAGUAAAAAAAAAAAUUCUGAUGCCAAUUACUUCCUCCUGUGUGAGCUUCGACCAAUCACUGUAUCGUGUUGCUGUGUCCAUUGCUGCUUUCCUCUGGUGUGAAACAGGAGUGAUCUUAUGAAUCUUCUGUCUCACGGCCAGUUUGAUUUCGUGAUUGUGCAAUUCAUAAUUGAACCAUUAAGGUCAGGUGCAUGCUCGCGCCGCCUGCUUCACAGAGCAAUCGGAAGCGGUCGCUGCGGUCUCUAGUGCUCAGAGGCAUUUGUUAAUUUAUUACUCAUCAGCCAUCCUCUCUUCACUGCUGUUAGACACAUGCAUUAGGCUUCAUUAGGGACGAGUCUUCAGCAGAUGUGGUCAUUUGUUGAACAAUUCAAAGUGUUUCAUCUUGUUUUAUUAUAAAAUGUCUGUACAACAAAACAAUAAUACACAAAAUAAACUAAUUUCUUAAGGACAA